GGGACAUCUCACUCCAUCACGCAGUUCAAUAAACAUCAGUUUUCUUCUCUCUGUUCAUGAUGCAUUUGUAUGGAGCUCUGAUCCUGUUUGUGACUUUGUCUGCAGCAUGUGGACUGAGUUGCUACAACUGUUUCGGCAAAGGUUGCACUGACAAGAUCACUUGUCCCAGCGGCUUUGACCGCUGUGCCACCCUCACAUUGAAUGAUUUCGUCACCAAGUCCUGCAUGAACAGCAAAUUAUGUAUUGACCCGAUAAAGUGCUGUUCCACGGACUUGUGUAACAGCGCCAUACCCACUGGGUCCAGCGUGCUCCUGCUGCUGGCGUCCUCAGCCAUCAUCACAGUCUUUCUGUGAGCCACCGGGGCGGCUACAGCGUAACAAUAUUCAUACCCAAUGUGUACAACUCAAAAAGAGUAAACAAAGUCUCAAUAUGGAAAAACUGACUUAAAUAAAAACACUAUAUGCUCCAC